AUGACACGCUUUACAGCUGAGGAAGCUCUACAGAUGCUCCUGGACAGCGAGGAAGAGUUCACCGUUUCCUCAGAUGGAGCACGACUCCGACGACGAGUUUGUUACUGUGGAGAAAACAUUAUAUUAAUUAUUAAAAACUUUUGUAGGAAUGUGGCUGCAUCACUCUUGUCUUCACCUGCACCGGCUGCAACACUUUCACCUUCGUUUGAUGCUCGCACGGGGGCACGCAGCAACGAGAACAAUAAGGAGAAUGUGGCUGCAACACGUUCACCUUCGUCUGAUACUCGCACGAGGGCACGCAGCAUCGCGAGCGACAUUCAUCCAGUGAAUGUGGCUGCAACACGUUCACCUGCGUCUGAUACGUGCACGAGGGCACGCAGCAACGCGAUCGGGAACAAAAAAGAUCUGUGGGGGUGUGAUCUGACAGAGGAAAGCUGUAGAGUUCUGUCCUCAGUUCUCAGCUCAAACUCCUCCAGUCUGAGAGAACUGAACCUGGGUGUCAAUAAACUGCAGGAUUCAGGAGUGAAGCUGCUCUCUGAUGGACUGAAGAAUCCACACUGCACACUGGAGAUACUGAGGCUGUUUCAGUGUAAUCUGACAGAGGAAAGCUGUAGAGUUCUAUCCUCAGUUCUCAGCUCAAACUCCUCCAGUCUGAGAAAACUGAACCUGAGUUACAAUAAACUGCAGGAUUCAGGAGUGAAGCUGCUGUCUGAUGGACUGAAGAAUCCACACUGUACACUGGAGAUACUGAGGUACACACACACACACACACAUUAA